AUGUUUGUGCUUCAUGAACCCCAAAAGCUGCAGAUUCUGUAUGAAUCCCUGGAAAAGAGCAUCCCUGAGUCCUUGAAGGCAUAUGGUGCCAUUUUCAACACUAAAAAUAAAACCCCAUUCAACAUGGAGAUGCUGGUGGAUGCCUGGCCAGAUUAUCAGACAGUAAUUACUCUGCACUGGAAAGAGGAGAUGAAAGAUGACCUGGAUCGUUAUAUCAACACUUACCACAUCUUCACCAAAGCUCCUGACAAGUUAGCGGAAGUCCUGGCAUGCUCCCAGGUUAUCAGUUGGGAACAAACUUUCCAGAUCCAAGGUUGCCAAGUGAAUGUGGGGGAGGCAAUAAGAAAGAUUUCAGCUGCAAAAUCAGCGCAGGUAGAUCACUUGAAGACCACACUCAUUAUGACAGAAAUACCAGCGGAACCCAAGACAUCAAGGGAUGACCAGAUGGCUUUGGUGGAGUCAUUUAGCAUGCCCAAAGUGGAUGAAGAUAGCAAGAAAGGAAGAUUUCAGAACAUCUUCUUGGAUGCUUCCCAUGUGGGGCUUGUGAAUGAGCAGUGGAACUUUGGAAAAAAUGAAAGGAGCUUGAAAUAUAUUGAAUGCUGCCUCCAGAAUUUUCCAGGAUUUGGUGUGCUGAGUCCAGAGGGGGACCCUAUCUCUUGGAUUAUGAUGGAACAGUCUUGUGAGAUGAGAAUGGGUUACACUGUCCCCAAAUACCGAGACAAAGGCUACAUGAAGAAAAUCUGUUUUCACUUCAUAAAGUAUUUUUUUCAGAAAAAAAUGCCAUUUUAUUUCCAUGUGUCAAGAGAUGAAGAAAACUUUCAGGCACUGAGAAGUGUAGGGCUUAAGGCUGCUCCUUGUGGCUGGCAUCAGUGGAGAUGCACUCCUAGAAAAUAUUAUUGA